GUGACCCUGCGGCCCCGCCCCUCGCCCUUUACACCGCCCCCCCCUCCCCCGCGGGAGUCGCGGCGCUGCGGGUCGGACCCAGGUUGAAGGGGCCCCUAGGUUCCGUGGGGAGUCCGUGGCGGAGCGACGCCUAAGCCCUGCGAGCGAGCUGGGCGGCGUCAUGCGGCGCCGUUGAGGGCGCUGCCGCGCGCGCUCCCAGGCCGCCCUGAGUCCUGGGCUAUUCGAAGGAGCAGCAGCGCCUGGGGCCGAGGAGCGGGGCAGACGCGGACGCUGCCGGAGCUCCAGCCGACGCGGCGUCUCCAGUCGUAGGUUGGCGCUUUGGGGUCGGGAGCUGAGGCUUGGGCGCUGCCUGCCCGAGCGGAGAUCCGGGUUUGCCUCCCGCCCCCGCUCAGGACCCUGACGCGGGUGAGGCGGCCCUGGGAGCAUGAGCGGGCAGCGCGUGGACGUCAAGGUGGUGAUGCUGGGCAAGGAGUACGUGGGCAAGACGAGCCUGGUGGAACGAUACGUGCACGACCGCUUCCUGGUGGGGCCCUAUCAGAAUACCAUCGGGGCCGCCUUCGUGGCCAAGGUGAUGUCCGUUGGAGACCGGACGGUGACUUUAGGUAUUUGGGAUACAGCAGGCUCUGAGCGCUACGAGGCCAUGAGCCGAAUCUAUUAUCGGGGCGCCAAGGCUGCCAUCGUCUGCUAUGACCUGACGGACAGCAGCAGUUUUGAGCGGGCGAAGUUCUGGGUGAAGGAACUGCGCAACCUAGAGGAGGGCUGUCAGAUCUACCUGUGUGGCACCAAGAGUGACCUGCUGGAGGAGGACAGGCGCCGCCGCCGUGUGGACUUCCACGACGUCCAGGACUAUGCAGACAAUAUCAAAGCUCAGCUCUUUGAAACAUCCAGCAAGACAGGCCAGAGUGUGGACGAGCUCUUCCAGAAAGUGGCAGAGGACUACGUCAGUGUGGCUGCCUUCCAGGUGAUGACAGGGGAAUCUGCCAGGACCAGACUUCCUUCCUGCCAUUCUGUUCUCAUGAUGUGACCUGGGAGUCCAGCUCCAGUGAGAUGCUGCUGAGCCUGGGAAAGGAUCGCUGAUGCACUUCGUGCCCUGACUGUAGUGUGGGGUAGAGAAUGUGAAGAUAAAAUAAUUAUUUCCAUCAAUGCGAAAGAUGCAGGUUUGGUAGUUGUUCAAUUAGAGGAUCAACACAGUGACUUAAAUCACCUCAAACUCAGUAACUUCAGGGGCAAGCAGACAUUUAAAAACUGGGAUCCUUCUGUAGCAAUGACAGUUAUUUUGCUAUUAGAAUGGGUUUGCUUCAGCAGGAGAAGCAAAUGAGGCUUUGAAUUCAAAUUUCAACAGUUUCCAUCAAGUUCUUCUGACUGAACAGGGCUAGGAGAGAUAUUGGUUCUUUAGCUACUUAUGGAAGCUAUAACUUCCCCCUUGGAAACGUUUCCUGGGCACUGGCUUAGGGGCACUCUCUAUUGAGAUCCUGAUUUCCAGGCACUUGGUCAAAUACCAUCCUGCACAAAGAUCAGGAGUUUCUAAGAGAAAAGCUUUCCUUUUAACUGCCAAUUCAUACCCUCUGGAGAAAAGAUCUCAGUACAAGGCUCCAGGAGAGUCCCCAAGAACUGGCAGGAUCACUGUCUCCCCACUGUCCCUCAUGCAAGAGUUUCAAUUUCCCAGUAGUCCUUCUAACUCUGCUUCUUAUUAUAUGGUGACUGCUUUCUUGAUGUUAACGAUCUGGUAUCAGAUGCUGCUAUCAGUGGGCCUGACAGCUGAAUUUCUAGUUUCCAUUCUACCUGAAAGUCUUUCAGUAACCCUCACAAGAGCCUGGAUGUCCAUCUAGAUAAAGAACUA